AUGAAAGCAACGCGUGUUUCUUUGACAUUAGCUGCCCUAGUGUUUUACGACAAUGUAUACGCAAGCCCAUGCAAGCCAAAGUCCUCAACAACCGCGAUCCUUACUUCCAGCGAGGUCUUAACCACCACAGGUACGAUCUCUGUCUCAGAGUCCUCCGUAGCUGGGCUUCCUUCUUCCAUUUCUGAGUUGGCCUCUACUAUUGCCACUGCGACUAGUUCAGUUGCUGAGUCCGCCUCGACCAUCACCACCGUGAUUACUUCAGUUGCUGAGCCUUCCUCAACUGCGAUUUUGACUUCAUCUGAUGCUCCGACAACCACCACUGCGGUAGAAGAAUCUUCACCAUCUGGCCUCUUUAUCAAUCCCUCCUUUGACGAAUCCAACGCCUCUGGAGAUUAUGAUGGCUCUCCAUGGAUAUUGGAGGACGCUGUCUCUCCCUUGUCGGUCAGCAUCAACUCUGAUCUUGGGCACUCUGGCUCACAUUCAGCGUACUGGUCUAUCACAAACACUGCGCAAGCUGGCAGUAUCCACCAGAGACUGGAUUUGGAACGGGAUGGCUUUUACACACUAUCAUACUGGUGGUAUGUCGACGAAAUCGAACAGCCUAGCGGACUUUCAACCUGCUACAUACAGAUGAAGCAACAAGGCGUCGAUGGGCGAACAUCUGCUUUCCCUGAUUUCUUCAUCCUUCCAGAAACUUUGCCACUCUCGACCUGGACAAAGCGCGAAAUUAUUUUUAACCCUACCAGUAUUACUCCAGCGUUCAUGAAGCUUUCUGUCGCUUGCUACGGAGGUGCAGGUAGUGGAGUUAAAAUUGCUAUUGAUGAUGUUUCGUUGGUCAGGCGAGUCUAA